AUGUCGAGCACUUCUGAACCCCAAGCAAAUUCCGAUAACAAGUAUUUGCUACAAAAAGCGAUAGACGACGGUUAUGUUAAAUGUAUUAAUUAUUUAAAGUUUACCAAUGUAAAAGCAAUUGCCCAAGGUGGGUAUGGUGAAAUCAGUUACGCCGACUGGGUAACAGGUGGUAUCAAAUUACCCGUGGCGCUUAAAAGUAUAAAGCCUUAUAGUGAUGAUACUCAAGGCAAGAAUAGAGAUAAGUAUGGAGACUUUAAAAAAGAGAUUAAUAAUUAUAGUUUCUUUUCAGAUGAAGAUAAUUACGUUUUGGUUUUAGAAUUUGCAGAUGGUCGUUCGCUUAAAAACUAUUUAAGCAUAAAUUCUGAAAAAAUGACUUGUAAAGAUAAGUUAAGAUUUGCUUGGGAAAUGACGAGUGGUAUCAUGUGCUUGCAUGAAGAAGGCAUAAUCCAUAGGGAUUUAAGUUCUGAUAACGUUCUCGUUCGUUGCAAUCGAAUUAAGAUCGCUGAUUUCGGGUUAGCAAGGAGAUUUAAUGAAAAGACAGAUAGUCAGAAUAAGCAAGGAAAAGCCUCAUACUUUGAUCCAUAUGGUCAUAAGAAUCCUCGUGAUGAAAAAUCUGACAUAUUUAGCCUUGGCGUUCUAUUUUGGGAAUUAUUUAGCGAUCGUCCGCCGUCUGUAAUUCCGGAUUUUGGUGCACGUGAGGAUCCAACUCCUAACACUCCGGAACGUUAUAAGCAACUCUAUACGGCAUGUUGGGAUAGUAAUCCAAAAGUUCGUCCACCAAUUAAAACGAUUAUGAUAGUACUUGAAGAACUGGAAGAAAUAGAAUGGCCUGAGAAAUAUGUAUCUAUUCAUUCUGGUACCAAAAUAAACACUUUGGUUGAUUUUGAAGAGAAUCAUGCGAAGGAAUCUCAGUAUAAAGAACGGGAUAUGGAAGGGAUAAUUGAAUUUAUAAAAAAUGGGAAUAUUGAAGCAUUAAGGGUAUCAGUAGACUCAUUCCCAAAAGAUGAAAAUAUUCAAAUUGACUUAAAGAAACAGGACAAAACUAUUACUGAUGUUACUAAAGACAACAUAGGAAAUAUGCUCGAGGCAGCCAUCCUUGUAUGCCCUCCCAGAUACCUCAUUAAAAUGUUGAAUUAUUUAUUGACUGUGGUUAAGAUUUCCCCAAAAAACAAGAAACGUCUAUUUUUUUUCCUUUGCAGAAAUACCGGUUUUUUCAGUAGUGAAAAAAACAAAGAAAAAAAUAUAAUGAUAUUCAAACAAGUAGUCGUUUUAAUUGCUUUGCGUAUUAUGAAAGACUAUAAAUUCUCCGAUGGCCAAGAAUAUAACCCUCUCCAUUACCUUUGUGCUAUUUAUAUUCAUCUUGGUAUUCCGAUCAAGGAACGAUUUAAUUUCUUCACAUCAACUAUUAUAACCCUUGAAGAAUUGGGAAUAAAAGAUCUCACAAGUAUUAUGAUCAAUAACUACAAUGAUGCGAGUCAGAUUACUAACAAAUUAAAUAUCGUUUCUCCUAGUGAUGUGGUAACAAACACAUUAAAUAAAACUGGUACGAACUUGACCAAUGAAAAAAUUUCUGUCACACUUGAUGAAAUAGGUAUCGACUCAUUUAAUGGAACAGAUUUAAUUAUCCCCAACAAAAUGAUGAUAAAUAUCAAUACUCUCAAUGAAUAUGAUAUGUCACCCUUUUUAUGGGUUCUUCAUGAAAAGCCACUUAACAAGCAUUUGCUUUUAUGGCUUGGAGAAAAAGGAGGUCGUCCUAUAUCUGAAAAAGUUUUUUGCAACUACCUAGUGGAAAAUAUACUCCAAAAUUGGAAAAUAAAUGAUUUAAAGGAUAUUGCAGCUAUAUUUUAUCAUUACGAAAUUAAAGUCACAAAUAACGAAUUUGAUCAAUUAAUUCUGCAUAAAUAUAUUGCAAAAGAUGGUACAUUACAUCAACUUGAGAUGUUGUUUGGUUAUUUCUGGGAUUGUUAUGAUCCAAAAAUAGUAAAUGAGGCUCUGGAGUAUGCAAAAGGCAGAAAACAAACAUAUCUUAAGGAAUUAAGUGAAAAAUUUGAUGAAAGGAAGUUGAAACUUAAAGAUCAUCUUGAUGAAUUAGUCGUGCCUUUGUUAUCAAGUUUGAAAACAAAUCGAAUAUAA